GUGCAUCUAUAAAAGGAAAGCGUUCUCUUCCCCAAAGUUUUUCUCAACCCCAAAAAGCUGGUAUCGACCCUCUCACUUAGACAGCUAUCUACGACCGACUACGAUAAUGAGCACUUUGCCCAGGUCAAAAUCAGCACCUCAACCAUUGCCUGCGUUGAGUGCGUGCGCCAGCACCAAUGUCCAUUCUCUGCCGCGUUCCGCCUCACAUCAGACAAUACAACCGAAAGCGAAGAGUGCUCCUAUGGGUGCAGUGCGACCAACAAACCGGGCACUCCAUUCACCAAGGAUAGAACGCGAACAACCAUUUAACUUGGCUGGGUUCUUCCCUACUGGAACUUUGGGCGAGAUGCAAAACGAAGCAUCGAGUUGGUGGCUACGAGAAGGGGAUGAGGAGAGUGAGGGCCAAAGCUGGUGUCCCGCGGUAGCAGAAGCUGGGACCGAGGGGAUGGUUGGACAGAUCAGUGAUGAAAUGACGAGAGCAGCCAUUAAAAAUGAAGACAAGAUGGGAAUUCUGUCAUUUGGAAACUUCUUUGCGAGGAAGGAUGAUGGACGACAAGAACGUCUGCUAAGCCCAUAUUCCGACGAUGAACCCGUUGAUCACGAGUCGCUGUAUCUGUCGUUAUGUGCAAGAAGAAGAGCGCAGGGGAUUGAGAGUGUGGAAGGAAGGUUUGGGGAAUUGUUCUUGUAGACGACUUUUGUAAUUAAUUGGGACUGUACUCUGUACCGGAAUGUGAGAAUUCAUACUCCG